ACUAAUUCCUACAUAAAAUAAUACAUAAAUUCGUUCAUAAAUCACAACCAAUCCAUGCAUUAGUAAUACCAGCAUAGCUUUAACCGGCUACUAAACGACUCCUUAAUAAUUAAGACAUAUUUUGAUAAAUUAGUGAUAGUUCAGAUAAAAAACUCGCACACGUAUAGUUCAACCAGUAACUAAAAAGAAAAAGGAUGAGUUCAGAAAUGGCAACUGCCAACCACUCUUUAUUUUUUUCAGCUGUUUUACAUAUCUUUAUUCUAGAAAGAUGCCUGCAGAAAAGUAAAAAAAAAUGGAAACUCCAUCAUCUUCUUGAUUUCUCCAUCUACUACUACUACUGCAAUAACUUUUUUUAUUCUUCUUUUUCUCCAUUGAAGCAGCAGAAGCAGACAUGUCGAUCAUGAGCUUAGACUACUGGUUUCAAUGGCAAGUGGCCAUCUGUGCUGUAAUCUUCAUUAUUCCAACAGUAGUUGCAUUGAGGCUCAUCAUUAGUAAGAGAAGAAGAAGAAUGAAUGAACAAAACAUCAUUAAGUCAACUGAUCUGUGGAUUCCAUGUUGGAGAAAUCUUCAUCCUAUUUGGCUUCUUUGCUUUAGAGCUUCUGCUUUUCUUGCUAUGGUGUUUUUGCUUUAUCAGACUGUUGCUAACUUGGGAUUCUUUGUCUUCUUGUUCUAUACACAGUGGACAUUUGCUUUGGUUGGAAUCUAUUUUGCUCUGGGAACUAUUAUAUCGGCCCGAGGAUGCUGGUUGUAUACACGAAAUCCCCUUUCCCAGCCCGGGGAGAGAGAUAAAUUUCUUAAAAAAGCUGUUGAAGAGAAUAGCUCUGAGCAACAGCUCGGAUUAUGGGAAAACUCGAUGCUCAUUAUGUAUCAGGUUUGUGCAGGUGCUGUUAUGCUAACGGAUAUUGUCUUCUGGUGUCUUUUGCUCCCAUUUAUGACGGGUGAAAAUUUUAAGCUCACCCUGCUAAUUGGAUUAAUGCAUUCUGUAAAUGCUGUGUUUCUUCUUCUUGAUUCAGUCCUCAGCAAUCUACAAUUUACUUGGUUUGGUUUCACAUAUUUCAUACUGUGGAGCUGUUCUUACGUUGUUUUCCAGUGGAGUCUACAUGUCUGCUGCUUAUCUUGGUGGCCGUAUCCUUUCUUGGAACUCAACACUCCAUGGGCGCCGUUAUGGUAUUUCGGAAUGGCUCUGGUUCACAUCCCUUGUUACGGACUAUACGGUCUGCUUAUCAGAGCUAAAGACAGAAUAUUCUCGAGAUUGUUUCCAGAGACAUUUCUUAGUGGCGGGGAGAUAGCAAUGGAGAAGAAGCAUAGUUGAGGCAGACGAAGCCUGAAUUCGAGGUAGCUGUUGUUGUCUACGUUGUUCAGACUCUCCAGAAAUAUUGUCGUACCCAUGUCGGAUCCUUAAAAAAUACACUAGUUUUCGACAUUUUUGAAGAGUCCAGCAACAUAGGUGGUGGUGGUUGUAUGUAUAAGUGGAAGUGUAAUUACAUGUCUUAGUAGUGCCUAUUACUAAACAAACUUCAACACAAAUGGUGCCUGCCUCUCUUGAGCCUCAUUUUCAGGUGGGAUUGUGAUUUGUGAAAUAAAAACAACAUAAACAUACACCUUACUUACUAAA